UGAGCUGUGAUGGUUACCAUGGCUGUGUUGUAGUCUCAGGUGUGUCAGUGAUUUGUCAGGUGAGUUUGUACAUAAACUGUCUGUUAUAUUAAACAUUAAUGAAAAUUAAUAUAUACAUGUAUUUUAAUUUAGUGACUCUGAUAUCUUUAUGAUGUAUAUUAAUGAGUUCAACGGUAUUAAACGCUGGUCCGUGUUCUUGUCACACUGUGUGCUAAUAUCUGAAGUGAAUCCGGUUCUGCCUUCAGUUCGGUGAUUUUGGGUCUUUUAUAUGUGCGGGAAGUAAGUGUGACCCCGGAAAGAGUCCAGACUGAGCGUCUGUCACACAAACACUUCCAUGUGGACACUAAAGCGCGUUUAAUGCGGAAUUAAUCUUUCUUUUACUGUCUAUGGGAUUAAUGCCAGUUUACCGAGGCUGGAGGAGAGUGUUCUGUCCGAGGAGAAGCGGCUGACGGUUCGAGGAUGUUCUCCAGAUGAUCCUGAGGUCAGGUUACCGGCCCGUGUGCGAGAGAUCGUGUCCAGGAACCUGAGCACCAGCGCUGGAGGCAUGUCGUCCGGUCUGUCGCUUCAGGAGGAGAACCGGGUUCUGCAGGUAGAACUGAGUCGUGUGGAGGAUCUUCUGGCUCACAGCCGAGCUGAACGAGAUGAGCUGGCCAUCAAAUACAGCGCCAUCAGCGAGAGACUGGAGCAGGCGCUGCGUCUGGAGACGGGUGAGGACGGAUCUGACUCUCCAGACUCUCGCAGUCUGGCGCAGCAGAACGUAGAUCUCCGCAGACGUCUGGACGAGGAGCAGGCGGCGUAUAAACGCAAGCUCACGGCGUAUCAGGAGGGACAGCAGAGACAAGCGCAGCUCGUUCAGAGACUACAGGCCAAGGUGCUCCAGUACAAGAAGAAGUGUGCGGACCUCGAACAGACGCUGCUGGAGAGAUCCACUGGUCAGUGUGACCGGCGGGACGAGGAUGAGCCGAGCAGUGAGCUGGAGAGCGCCCUCAUCAGGCUGGAGGAGGAACAGCAGAGGAGCAGCGGCCUGUCCGCCGUCAACGCCAUGCUGCGCGAGCAGCUGGAACAGGCCGGACUGGCCAAUGAGGCGCUCAGCAUGGACAUCCGCAGACUCACUGCUGAUUGGACCAAAGCCAGGGAGGAGCUGGAGCAGAGGGAGUCUGAUUGGAGGAGAGAGGAGGAGUCUUUCCACAGUUACUUCAGCAGUGAGCACAGUCGUCUGCUGGCGCUCUGGAGGCAGGUGGUGGGCUUCCGCAGACACGUGUGUGAGCUGAAGAGCGCCACCGAGAGGGAUCUGUGCGAGGUGCGGAACGAGCUGGCGAGCGUGGCUCAGAGCGUGCAGCUGCAGUGUGUGAGCGUGUGCACAGAUCUGCGCAGUCGUGAGGACGGAUCAGUGCUGCUGCUGGAGAGAGAGAGCGGUCAGCGUGUGCAGCUGGAGCAGCAGCUCAGAGAGACACUGACCGACAUGAUCACGCUGCAGACCAAGAGCGACUCGGAGAGAGCCGAGCUCAACACACGGCUUGUGGAAGCCGUGAGAGAGCUGGAGCGUCUCAAAGCUCGUGUGGAGGACAGAGAACAGGAAGUCACAACACUCAACAGGAAACUACAGGAUCAGAAGAGUCUUGAGGACACUGAAGUUCAUUCACUGAAGAAACACACUGCAGCACUGCAGAACACACUCCGAGACAUCACACAGCUGGUGUUCUCAGACAGUGGUGGUGUGGACGGAAACACUGAAGAGUCUCUGCUGCCGCUGCUGCGCUCUUCAUCAUCAUCAUCAUCCAUCAUCCCUGACAGCUGUCUGUCCGCACUGCACUCCACUCUGACCAGCAGACAGAUCCAGCUACAGGAGCUGCGUGAGCGUCUGCAGUCUGCGCAGUCUUCAGUGCAGCAGCUGCGCAGACAGCAGGGGGAGGCGGAGUCAGGCCGGCGGGAGGCGGAGCUCCACGCGCAGACGCUGCAGGGCGAGAGAGAUGAAGCUCAGAGAGAGAGAGAGAGUGCUGUGAGAGAGAGAGACCGACUGAGACAGGAGAGAGACGCACUGAGCAGCGAGAAGGAUGCGGUGGAUAAGGCUGCGCAGGCGAUGCAGACACAAGUGCAGCUGCUGCAGCUGGAGUGUGACAGACUGCAGCUGGCCGUCACAUCUGCGCAGAGAGAGCUCGAACACGAGCGAGAGGAGAGAGACACCGCCGCACUGGAGCGAGACCGAGCCCGAGCCGAGACAGACAGAACUCAGCAGCUGUGGGAGGAGUCUGAGCGCCGUGCGUCUUCACUGCGUGCUGAACUGGCAGCGCUGAGGGAGUCUCUCCAGCAGGGGGCGAGCGACAGACAGCUGAUAGAGACCGAGAACAGACAGCUGAGCGACGCACUCAACAGGAGCGGGAGCAGUCAAGCAGAACUCUCUCUAGUGCUCACCAAGCUUCACUCAGAGGAGUCUUCACUCAGAGAUUCUCUCGCUAAGAUGAGCAGCAUUAAUGAGAGUCUGGCGCAGGACAAAUCUGACCUCAACAGCCUCAUCGUACAGCUGGAAGAGGAAAAGAAUGCAUUACUGUCUCAGAGAAGAGAAGCAGAACAAGAGAAGCUGACCAUCAGAGAUGAGCUGGUCCGCUCCGAGCAGGACCGACUGGAGCUGGACUCCCUUCGUCUCACUCUCCACCAAUCACUGCAGGAGUCUGAGCUGGCCAGGGCGGGGCUGGAGGCGGAGCUUCAGUCACUGCAGGCAGACCGAGCCAAACUCCAGGACAGAAUCACACAGCUGAUUGCAGAGGUGGGUGGUUUGGAGGCGGAGCUUGGUUCUGUCCGUGGUGAAGAAGACAGGCAGAGCACCACUCUCGAGGAGGCGGUGCGUGGGAGGGCGGAGCUUGUGCGAGAGAGGGCUGGGCUUCUGGUUCAGCUGACGGCAUCAGAGAGAGAGAAUGCCGCCCUGACGGAGGAGCUAGCUUCCUUCAGGACUGAGCGGGAGAGUCUGGAGACGAGUCUGUUUGAGCUCCAGCAGCAGAUAAAUCACAUUGAGUCUCGGCGUGAUCAGCUGGAGUCAGAGAACCAGAACCUGAGACUGCGCACUGACAGUAUGACAGCGGAGCUGAAGCGAUUGCGCACUGAAAGAGAGACGGUUCUGUCCCAAUGCGAGAAAGAGAAAGACAUGCUAAGAGACGCACUCACGGCCGCUCAACAGGAGGCGCAGCGAGCUCUGCGUACAGCCCUAACUGACCACCAGGAGGAGCUGGAGAGGCUGACCAGUCAGAAGGAGGCGCUGCGCUGCAGUCUGGAGGCCGAGCAGGAGGCGGCGCUGCGGAGCGUCCGUGAACACCUGGAGGAGCAGAUGAUCCGGCAGGAGAGAGAAAGAGAUGAGCUACAGGAGCAGCUGCGAUCCCUCCAGCGGGACAGAGACCAGAGUCUGCUACAGGCCGAGACGGAGAAACAGCAGGCGCUGUCCGUGAAGGAGGCGGAGAAGGCAGUUCUGUCGGAGAAGGUGAGUGCCCUACAGGCGGAGCUGAGCACUGCAUCGCUGGAGCUGGAGAGACUGACCCGAGAGACAGUGCUGCUCAGAGACCAGGAGCGGAAUGCCGUUGGGGCUCUAAACGCAGAACUGCAGGAGCUGCGCAGUCAGCUGCAGGACGCAGACGGUGCACACAGACGUGAGCUGCGCAGACUGCAGGAGACCUGCGCCGAGCAUCAGACGCAGGCAGAUACAGCGCUCAGAGAGCUGGAGGAGUGUCGCGCGCUGCUGUCGUCCUGCGAGGAGAGCCGUGACAGUGCCAGACGAGAGCUGCUGGACACGGAGAAGCGUCUGUGCCAGAUACGGGACGUGGGGGAGGGGCACAGGCGAGAGGGGGCGGAGCUACGGCACUCCCUCAGUGAUGUCACUAAGGAGAGGGACACUCUCAGCCAAUCAAACGUGCAGCUGAGGGAAGCGCUGAGAGAAUCAGAGAGCGAGAGAAUCAGCGUGAAGCGCGUGUGUGAGGAGAGGGAGCAGAGAGUGUGUCUGCUGGAGGAGAGUCUGGCGUCUGCGCAGAAGGAGGUGUCUGAUCUGCGCAGCUGUCUGCGUGAGGUGGAGAGGUCCAGACUGGAGGCGCGCAGGGAGCUGCAGGAGCUGCGCAGACAGGUCAAGCUCCUGGACGUGGAGCGUGAGCAGAAGAGCAAGCAGCUGGCCGAACUGCAGACGCGUCUGUCACUGGAGGAGCACAAAGACGAGGAGCGAGCCAAAGAACUGAUCUCCCUCAAACAGAGACUCGCCGACUCCGAGACUAGCAGAAACUCUCUUCAGAAAGAGCUGUGUUCUCUGCAGCGGCGUCUGAGCGAGAGCGAGUCGUGUUGGCGCAGUCGCGAGCGAGAGUUAGCGUCGCAGCUGCAGGAGGCGCGCGGCUGUGAGAAGAAGCUUCAGGAUGAGGCUCGUAACCUCUCGGUGCGCGCUCAGUCGGCCUGCGACGCGUCUGCGCAGACGCAGCUGGAGCUGAGCGAGGCACAGGGCCGUCUGGCUGCGACGGAGGCGGAGCUGUCUCGAGCGGAGGCGGCCCGCAGGGAUCUAGAGUUCAGGCUGUGCAGUCUCCAGUCGGCGCUCACACGGACGCUGGGCAUCGGGGCCAGUGGGCGGAGCAGCAGCAGGGGGCGGAGCCCGACAGGCUCCUCCCCCUCCUCGCUCACCUCAGGGAUGAUGUCUCGCCACAGGAGUGUGUCUCCGCUGCACUGCUCGCUCUCACCAGCCAAAGACGUGGCAGGUAACGUGACUCCUGAUAACACCACGGUGCUGCGGCCGUUGUCUCCAGAGAGGACAGAUGCCCCGCUGCCCGUCGCCCUGAAGGAGCUGGACCCAGAAACCCUGCGCAGCGGCCUCAGAGACUUCCUGCAGGAGCUGCGCGAGGCUCAGAGAGAACGAGACGAGGCGCGGGGUCAGCUGGGGUCACUGCAGCGGGAACUAGAGGAAGUGGCGGGAGAGAGAGACUCCGCCCACCAGCGCCUCACUCAGCUACACAGCACACUACAGGAGUGCCAACAGGAUAAGCGUGCGGUGGAUGAGAAGCUGUCUGCGUCUCGAGCUGUGCUGCAGCAGCAGGAAGAGUCCCUGCGGAGAGCAGAGCGAGACCAACGAGCGCUCCACGAGCGAAUCAAAGAGCUGGAGAGACUCUCGCUGAACACCGAGACUGAGCGCAAGCGUGUGGAGGAGCAGUGCAGUAGGAUGCGUGCCGGCGAGGCGCGGCUGGAGGCGGAGCGUCGGCGGCUGCGUGAGGCUCUGGAGGCGGCCGAGGGGCGGGGCACACGGGUGGAGCUGGGGAGGCGGAGUCUGGAGGGAGAGCUGCACAGACUGAGACUGAGUCUCGCUGAGAGAGAGAUGGAGCUCCAGACGGCUCACGACCGACACGACAGCGCCAUCAAACAGGUGACGGAGGGAGAGGCUCGUCUCGCGUCUCUUCAGCGUGAGGUGGAGCGGCUGACGGCGGUGCUGUCUAAAGCUCAGGAUGGAGAGAGCGUUCACAAAGAGCGAGUGCUUGCUCUCUCCCAGAGCCUGCAGGAAGCCACCGCCGCCCACAGCGCCACCCAGGGGCGGCUCAGCACACUGCAGAAGACACUGGGACAGGCCGAGACCGAGCGCAGACAGCUGCAGGAGCGUGUGGAUGGACUCAGAGCGUCCGUGUCGGACGGGAAGCGUAAUAUCUCCGUGCUCACAGAGCGAGUGCAGACGCUGCAGUCAGAGCUGACCCAGAGUCAGCUGCACAGAUCUGAGCUGGAGACGGAGCUGCACAACACACAGGAGGCUCUGCGACAGAAGUCCGACAGUCUGACCGAAGCCCAGCGCAGUCUACAGUCUGCGCAGACAGACAGAGCAUCUGCAGAGGAGCGUCUGCGCAGCCUUCAAAGAGCCGUGGCCUUACUGGAGACAGAGAAGAGGGAUGCAGAGAGACAGGCCGUCCGGCUGGAGAAGGACAAGGCUGCGCUGAGAAACACACUGGAUAAGGUGAGACAGGUGGAGCGUCAGAAGCUGAAGACAGAGGAGAGCAGCAUGCGUCUGUGUGUGGAGAAGGGUCGGCUGGAUCGCUCGCUCAACACCGUGGAACAGGAGCUGCAGGACGCACAGAGACAGAUCGUGCUGCUGCAGGAAGAGUUGUGCGGCGUCAAACAGAAGAUUGCGUUGUGUCUGGCUCAGCUGGAGGAGCUGGAGCAGAGUCACAGCGGCAGCGAGGACGUCCAGCGGGAGGCGGAGCGGCUCAGGGUCAGUCAGAGGGAGGCGGAGCGGACGCUAGCGGCCCGAGAGAGAGCACACCGGCAGCGGGUCAGGGGUCUGGAGGAGCAGGUGUCCACACUGAAGGAGCAGCUCCAGCAGGAGAUCCGCCGCAGGACGCCCGCGCUCACAGCCAGCUGAUACACACACACACACACACACACACACUCCCGCGCUCACAGCCAGCUGAUACACACACACACACACACACACACACACACUCACACACACUCCCGCGCUCACAGCCAGCUGAUACUCACACACACACACACUCACACACACACACACACACACUCCCGCGCUCACAGCCAGCUGAUACACACACACUCACACACACACACACUCCCGCGCUCACAGCCAGCUGAUACACACACACACACACACACACACACACACUCACACACACUCCCGCGCUCACAGCCAGCUGAUACUCACACACACACACACUCACACACACACACACACACACUCCCGCGCUCACAGCCAGCUGAUACACACACACUCACACACACACACACACCCGCGCUCACAGCCAGCUGAUACUCACACACACACACACACACACACUCCCGCGCUCACAGCCAGCUGAUACACACACACACACACACACACACACACACUCACACACACUCCCGCGCUCACAGCCAGCUGAUACUCACACACACACACACUCACACACACACACACACACACUCCCGCGCUCACAGCCAGCUGAUACACACACACUCACACACACACACACUCCCGCGCUCACAGCCAGCUGAUACACACACACACACACACACACACACACACUCCCGCACUCACAGCCAGCUGAUACACACACACACACACACACACACACACACUCCCGCACUCACAGCCAGCUGAUACACACACACACACACACACACACACACACUCCCGCACUCACAGCCAGCUGAUACUCACACACACACACACACACACACACACACACACACACACACACACUCCCGCACUCACAGCCAGCUGAUACACACACACACACACACACACACACACACACACACACACACACACACUCCCGCACUCACAGCCAGCUGAUACUCACACACACACACACACACACACACACACACACACACACACACACUCCCGCACUCACAGCCAGCUGAUACUCACACACACACACACACACACACACACACACACUCCCGCACUCACAGCCAGCUGAUACACACACACACACACACACACACACACUCCCGCACUCACAGCCAGCUGAUACACACACACACACACACACACACACACACUCCCGCACUCACAGCCAGCUGAUACUCACACACACACACACACACACACACACACACACUCCCGCACUCACAGCCAGCUGAUACACACACACACACACACACACACACACUCCCGCGCUCACAGCCAGCUGAUACACACACACACACACACACACACACACACUCCCGCACUCACAGCCAGCUGAUACUCACACACACACACACACUCCCGCGCUCACAGCCAGCUGAUACUCACACACACACACACACUCCCGCGCUCACAGCCAGCUGAUACACACACACACACACACACACACACACACACACACACACACACACACACUCCCGCGCUCACAGCCAGCUGAUACACACACACACACACACUCCCGCACUCACAGCCAGCUGAUACACACACACACACACACACACACACUCCCGCACUCACAGCCAGCUGAUACUCACACACACACACACACACACACUCCCGCGCUCACAGCCAGCUGAUACUCACACACACACACACACACACACACACACACACUCCCGCGCUCACAGCCAGCUGAUACACACACACACACACACACACACUCCCGCGCUCACAGCCAGCUGAUACUCACACACACACACACACACACACACACACACUCCCGCGCUCACAGCCAGCUGAUACACACACACACACACUCCCGCGCUCACAGCCAGCUGAUACUCACACACACACACACACACACACUCCCGCGCUCACAGCCAGCUGAUACACACACACACACACACACACACACACACUCCCGCGCUCACAGCCAGCUGAUACACACACACACACACACACUCCCGCGCUCACAGCCAGCUGAUACUCACACACACACACACACACACACACACACACACACUCCCGCGCUCACAGCCAGCUGAUACACACACACACACACACACACACUCCCGCGCUCACAGCCAGCUGAUACUCACACACACACACACACACACACACUCCCGCGCUCACAGCCAGCUGAUACACACCCACACACACACACACACACACACACAGCCAGCUGAUACUCACACACACACACACACACACACUCCCGCGCUCACAGCCAGCUGAUACACACCCACACACACACACACACACUCCCGCGCUCACAGCCAGCUGAUACUCACACACACACACACACACACACACUCCCGCGCUCACAGCCAGCUGAUACACACACACACACACACACUCCCGCGCUCACAGCCAGCUGAUACACACACACACACACACACACACACUCCCGCGCUCACAGCCAGCUGAUACACACACACACACACACACUCCCGCGCUCACAGCCAGCUGACACACACACACACACACACACACUCCCGCGCUCACAGCCAGCUGAUACACACACACACACACACACACACACUCCCGCGCUCACAGCCAGCUGAUACACACACACACAUACACACACUCACUCACACACACACACACACACACUCUGCAGGUAUUUCACCUGUCUUAGAAACGUGUUCAUAUGUUUACUGGAAGCUUGUUUCUGACACAAAAAGGUAAUUGUGACUUUUUAAUCACACAAUUUGGAUUUUGUUUACCGCAUUAUUGUGAGAUAUAAACUCAGAAUUUUUAGUUUUUCUUGCAGUUUUUGAGAUACAAAUAGAAAAGAUAUAGAAUCAGAACUUUUUAUUAAUUCUGAUUUUCUAAAGGAGGUUAUAUCUCACAAUACGCUGAAAUGCAAGAAGAAUGGUCAGAAUCAUUAGCUAAAAUGUCACAAUUAUCAUUUGUAUUGUAUUGUGUGGUGGAAACGAGCUUUCACAAACAGCAGUCAGCAUCUGAAGAGGAUCAAAACCUUUCAUCAAAGUCGUCCUUAACCCUAAACCAAACCCGUUCUUAUCCUGGGAAUACUGUGAUGAACGGGGUUUGAUCCACUUUAAUGUUGUCUCCUGUGAAUCUUAUAAAGCCGUCCAGAAUACUCCAGAGGACUAGUUUCCCCAAAACCAAAAGAAAAAGGUAUUUUGUUUAGAGAAAGGCAAGCUACUUUUAGGACCAAUUUGUUAUUUUUAACCAUGUGACUUUAUUAUAAUGAGAAUUAAGCACAGUUUAUUCUAAUAAUUGAUGUUACUGUAAUGAGUUUUCCACACACAUACUUGAGUCAUAUUUAUAGUUCAUGUGAAUUCGAUUCGGUAGCUGAUUCUUUUUAUUUUUAUAUAUAUCUGGAGCAAUUGAACUGUAAUGUUUAUUAAUGUGUAAUGCAGUAAUGUCACUAUAAUGAUUGAUUAAUCAGUGAUGAACCUGACUUAUUCCAUUCAGUCUGGCAGACGGAAAACUGUAAACAUGGAAACUUGUCUUUCCAUGAACUAAUAUACUCCAGAAAUGGACUGAGGAGUUUUUCGUUCAAGUUUACAUUUAUGGUCCAUACAGAAAAACGAAAUCCUGACUGUUUUAUUACCGUUCUUUGUUUACCGUACUGAACUGAUCGAUCGGUGAGACACUAGACUGCAAACUAUAUCAAAGAUCGUUAUUUUAAUUCAUUUUCACAAGCAGUAAUGUUAAGGUGCAGGAUACAUAGAGUUCAGCCAGAAGCAAAGAAAACAUGUGGAGCGAUGGCUUUGUGUAGUUACUAAGAAACCCAUUAAAAAGGCAUUUUAACUGAUA